AUGGGUACAGAAGGCUCAGACAUGGAGAACUUUGAGGAUAUUGAGGGUCCCCACAUGCACGAUCUCAGCGCUGAGAUUGGUGAAGUUUUGCUACAAAUCCAUGAAGGAAUGACUGUUCUGUUUUUGAGGAUCAAACACAGAAUUUUUCACACUGCUGUUCAUGUGUGUAUGCUUCUGCUGCUGCUCUGGAUGGCCAUUUUUCUCUAUGUGACUUUUUAUUACACCUUCAUACCUAACGCAACCUUCAUCACUCCUGUACACUUCUACUACAGCAGAUCUGAUGACCAAUCUGUGUGCUCUUUUCCCAUGGCUAACUUCUCACUGCUCCAGAAUGGCAAGAAACAGGUGAUAACACAUGACCAGCCCUAUCAAAUCACACUGGAGUUGGAAAUGCCUGAGUCUCCAGCCAACAUGCAACUGGGAAUGUUUCUGGUAAAGAUGUCUUGCUACUCCAAUAAGGGAGCGAUUGUUGGUACCUCAGUGCGCUCUACGAUGCUUCAGUAUCGAUCAUGCUUGCUGCAAACUUUGGAGACUCUAAUAUUCUUUCCUUUGAUGCUGAUGGGAGCAGUUGCACAGACGCAAAACAUCCAGGUGGAACUUUACUCUUCUUAUACAGACAGCCCAGAUAAACCCACUGUUGGAGCAAUUAUAGAAAUCCAAUCUCAGCAAGUUCAGAUCUACAAAGCACAGCUCUACAUUUAUGCACACUUCAGUGGCAUCAGGUAUCUCCUCUAUCACUUUCCUUUAAGCUCAGCUGUGGUGGGAGUGCUGAGUAACUUCAUCUUCCUCAUUGUGGUCUUUUUAAUCAGCCACCUGCAUUAUGGUCUGAGUAGCGACUGGCCAUAUCAACAGUUGGAGAAAUUGAAUACAUUUCUAGAAAGGAAAAUAGAUGCAACAGAUCAGUAUGAGAGAAACAGCACAGUGGGAUCUAGUGACAUCAUUGAUUCCAGUUCUGAUCAAAUAGAAGCCUCUUAUUCUGACAGAGUGGUGGAAGAAAACCAUGAGAGGAAUCACCUCAGAGGCACUCCUGGGAAGCGGUCUCGUUCUGAGGCAUUGGAUGGACAGAAUGAUAUAAAACGUGGAUAUUUGUCUGAGGACUUGUCUCAUUUAUCACUGCCUCCGUCAGUGUAUGAGACACAACUUAUCCUCCGGGGUCAUCAGUGCAAUCCUAAAACCAAACAGAUGGUGAUGUUAAGUAAUGAGGGGAAAUGUUAG